ACACGUAGUAAAAAUUCCUAAGGAUUUCAAUCCUCCAAAAUUCCUUGAAAUCCUUUGAAUCAAAGAAGCCCUAAAAUGUUACAGCAGACUAGCUUCUUUCGAAAUAAAAUGAAGCCAUGUCGCACCCACUCAAUAAAAGCCCAACAAGCCUUUGAAUUUGCUAUGGGCCAUAUGGCCCAUACCUUGUGUGCUUUCAGAGUUUCAGAUUCUGCACAAUGUGACACUCGCAUCAGUAUUAGUAUCGUACUGUAAUAUACAGUCAUCAAUUGCUUUUCAUAAGUACACAACUGUUCGAACUGUUCUCAAACCGAAUGCUUAUAACUCGAACACCACCACCACUAUAUGCUAUACUUAUCAUUUCUUGCUUGGAUACUUGGACUAAUGCUACUCAUGAAUUAUACCACUAUUUUGCAACCUGUAUAGUAUCCGUUCGGCAAAACAGAUUCAGUGGUUUCUUCGAACAAAAUCGACCCUUGGGUUUCACAACUUCUGGCAGUACUGAUAAUAUCCUCGCUAUCGCCAAUGACUAUCUGCAGGUAGUUCGUGAAUUCGGAUCGUUCGACAACUACUGCUGGAGCUUCGUGAACCACAGGCCCAUCACAAACGGCUUCCGCUACGCUCGCCAAGUGCCCACCAAGACGCCCAAAUCUGAGGCUAUGAGCAAGGACCUGAUGCGGCGAGGGUUCCAGUGCGUCGGCCCCACGACGGUCUACUCCUUCAUGCAGGUCGCCGGCAUCGUGAACGACCACCUACGGUGCUGCUUCAGGUUUGAUCAGGCUGGCAGCCAGCCCAAGGCCGCCGAGGAGAACAUGAGAGCCGAUAUAAGAUUGGGGUCUCCCGCUUCAGAGGAUUCAGAGAUCAGCGAGGUGUAGUUAGGUCUCUGAACUUGCUCAUCUUGUGUUUACCUUCCGUCAGACAUGGCAGUUGGUUUGGCAGUGCAUUUUGUGGUGUGACUGGUGUCAGGUCACUUGUAGUGUGAGUACAUUAUAGAUUGUACAAAAUGGUGAGACAUGGUGCAUGGUCAAGGUGUGGUUUGCUUUCUUAAUUGCAUGUAAAGCAUCUGUAUUGUGGAGUGUAAAAUCGGUUGGCCAUCAUGCAUGUAUAUAUACCACAUACAACAUACAUCACACAUCAUACAGUAAGCAGUGUGGUGUGGUUUUCUGACUAUUUG